UUUUAAGCCGGAGAGAAUUUCCUGUCAAGGCUCUAUUUGGACAAACUAAAGCAAAGAUGAGGAGACUUCAAAACCUGCUGUUCACCUUUUGCAUUGCUCUGAGGUGUGUGACCAGUGCAGUAGGGGCGAUCCAUGUGACUGGAUAUGUGGGGAGUGCGGUUAAAGUUUCCUGCUCCUAUGAUCAGGGUUACGAGUCUUAUGAGAAGUACUUGUGUAAGAAUGACUGUCACAGCAAUGAUGAUGUUCUUAUUACAACAUCAAAUCCAGUGAAAAGCAAAUACAGGAUCCAUGAUGACAAAACAGCACGAAUCUUCACAACGAGCAUCUCUGAUCUUCGUUCCGUGGAUGCUGGGAAAUACUGGUGUGGAGUGACCAUAUUUGGAAUAGAUAGCUACACUGAAGUCGAGCUGAAAUUAGUCCAAGACAGCUGCUGUAACAAUGUGAAAGAAGUUGAAAGUUAUGCAGGAUAUUCAGUGUCCUUCAGUUGUCUGUAUGAGUCAAGGUACCAGAACAACCUGAAGUACAUCUGCAGAGGAACACAGCCCUCCAUGUGUCUGCAACGGGCACUAAUCACCUCUUACAACAAACAAAAUGGGCGAUUCAGAUUUGAUGAUGAAAAUAUGUUAACACAAUUCACAACAAAGAUUAGCAGUUUGACCCAGAGUGAUUCAGGGCGUUACCUUUGUGGCAUCCAAAGAAACUCUGACCUGCAUCUUUUCUGUGCUUUUGAGCUGAAGGUUAAAGACCACUGCUGUGAUACUGUGACCAAUAUUGAAAAUUAUGAGGGAUACUCUGAGUCCAUCAAUUGUCCUUAUGAGAAUCAGUACCAGAACAGCCUAAAGUACAUCUGCAGAGGAAACCGGCCCUCCACAUGUCUGCAGGAGGCAAUAAUCACCUCUGACAACAGAGAAAAUGGUCGCUUCAGACUUGAUGAUGUAAAAAUGUCAAGAAUAUUCACAGUGACAAUUAACAGUUUGACUCAAAGUGAUUCAGGGCAUUACCUUUGUGGUGUUCAAACAAACUCUGACCAUGAUGUUUUCUCUGCUGUUGAGCUAAGAGUCAAAGAGUGGUGCUGUGUCAGGUCAACUAAAAUAACAGGUACUGUGGGACAGCCACUAACUCUGCAGUGCCCUUAUCCUCAACAACAUCGGGAUAACAGGAAGUUCCUCUGUAAGGGAGAUCACCGCAACAGCUGCAGAGACAUGGUGAUGAGUCAAAACAGAUUCGCACUACAAGACGAUAUUUAUUCCAGCUCUUUCUCAGUGACGAUAACAAAGCUAGAAGAAGCAGAUGCUGGGACCUACUGGUGUGGGUCAGACUCACAGUGGAGAGUUGGAAACUACACCAAGAUUCAGCUGUCAGUCGAGUUCUGCUGUGUCAAAUCAACUAAAAUAAAUGGUACUGUGGGGCAGCCACUAACUUUGCAGUGUCCUUAUCCUUCACAACACCGGGAUAACAGGAAGUUCCUCUGUAAGGGAGACCACCACAACAACUGCACAGAUAUGCUAAAGAAUCAAAGUAGAUUCACACUACAAGAUGCUUCUUCCAGCACUUUUGUUGUGACAAUCUCAAAGCUGGAAGCAGCUGAUGCUGGGACAUACUGGUGUGGGUCAGACUCACAGUGGAGAGUUGGAAACUACACCAAGAUUCAGUUGUCAGUCUUUCCGCAGAGCACUCUGGGGAAAAAAAACCCAGCACUCUAUGUGAUACCCCCUGUACUGCUUUUGAUAUGUAUCCUCGUUCUUGUUUAUAAGUACAGACGUUCCAGGAUUGAAGAAGCUGUUCUCUCCCUGAGCAGAAAUGCAUCUAGGAAAAAGAGUUCAAAGGAGGUGAUUGGUGCAGCACAAAGUGAAAUUUAUAAAAAUCAAGCUGUGGUGACCUCCAAUGACCAAAGCACCAGUAACGUCUAUGAAGAAGUAGAUGUAGAAGUACACUACGAAAACUUGACCGCAAGUGAAUAAAUCUACUGCAAUGAAAAUUUCCAGAUAUCCAACAGAAGAUACAGUUCAGUCCAUAAAUAUUUGGACAGAGACAACUAUUUUCUAAUUUCGGUUCUUUAAACGAAACAACUCAGACGCAGUUGAACUGCAGACUGUAAGCUGUUCAAAGCUGAACAAAAAGAUUGCAUAAAAAUGUGAGAAACUAAUGCAUUUUUAACACAAUCCCUUCAUUUCAGGGACUCAAAAGUAAUUGGACAAAUUAAAUAACUGAAAAUAAAAUAUUAAUUUCUAAUACAUGAUUGAAACCCUUUGCUGGCAAUUACAGCCCGAAGUCUUGAACUCAUGGACAUCACCAGGUGCUGGGUUUCCUUCUUGUUAAUGUUCUGACAGGUCUUUACUGCAGCAGCUUUUAUUUUUUCUGUUUGUUUGUGGGCCAUAGUGUCUGAGUUUAGUCUUCAACAAAUAAAAUGCACGCCCACUUGGGUUAAGAUCAGGUCACCCACUUGGCCAUUCAAGAAUAAUUUUUGGUUUAAUAAACUCCUGGGUUGCUUUGGCUGUAUGUUUUUGGUCAUUGUCCAUCUGUACAAGUCCAUCCACCCAAUCAAUUUGACUGCAUUUAGCCUGAUAUGAGCAGACAGUAUGUCUGAACACCUCACAAUUCAUUUGGCUUCUGUCCUGUGUCACAUCAUUAAUAAACACUAGUGUCCCAGUGCCCCUGGCAGUCAUGCACGCCCAAGCACACUUCCUCUGCUGUGUUUUACAGAUAAUGUGGUAUGCUUUGGAUCAUAAGCCAUUCCACGCCAGCGUAGACUUGGAUAUCGAUACAACUACGUCCUGGAGAAAAAGAAUCAAAAAAAAAAAACUACGUCCUGGAGA